GCAUUUUAGGCCGACACCGCCUGCAAUAACAACAACAACAAAAUGGCAAACGCUGACGAAAUAAAUUCAGUUUUCGAAGCAGCAACAGAGUUUGUUAGAGAUAAUACAAGUUCAUUUGAUUCAGACACAUUGCUGAAAUUAUAUGCCAGAUAUAAACAGGUGAAGGCAGGAAUAUGUAACACACCUAAACCUGGAUUCUUUGACCUACAGGGAAAACAAAAAUGGUCAGCAUGGAAGAAGCUUGGAGAUAUGAGUAGGGACUGUGCAAUGAAAGAAUAUAUAGACACUGUAUCUGAACAUAAUCCAAAAUGGCAGUCGAAGGUAUCAAAGUCUCCAGACAAACAGACCAGUGGGAAACAAAUGACUCUUGGGGUAGCAGUAAGCACAAUGAUGAAUCCAGACGCUAACAUAGAUGAUGAACUGAAGACAGUAUUCGACUGGUGUAAAGAUGGUGAUAUUAAACGUGUUGUACAAUUACUGGAAGAUAACAGUAGCCGUAUUGAUCAAAAAGAUUCAGAGGGUAUGGUGUUACUUCAUUGGGCCUGUGAUAGGGGUGAUGCACAGAUGGUAAACACACUUCUAAAACAUGGUGCUAACAUAAAUAUACAGGAUGCUGACGGCCAGACUGGACUUCAUUUUGCUGUGAUAUGUGAACAUCCAGAGGUAGUGAGGUUGUUACUGAAGAGCAAUGCUGACAUCAACAUUCCCGACUCGGACGGACAGACAGUUCAAAGUUUGGUUGCUGACACAACUGAAGAGAUUAAACAAAUUAUCUCGAGUUUUCCGAACAGAUGAAGUACAAAACAGCACCAAUAUAUUGGGGAAUUAAUUAUGACCAUACUGUGAUAUACUCUUUAAGAUAAAACAGUGAAUGUUGUUGGGAAAAACAAAAUAGCCAGUUUUGAUGAGAUUUUUCACUAUCACUGUAAAAGUCUUUUUUUUCGCGAGGCUUUUAUUUUUUCGCGAAAUUUCGUGAAUGAACCUUCUCGCUAAUCCAUCUGUCUCAAUAUUGACGGAGAAGGCCAAUGUCGCAAAUCACGAAUUAAAAAACUCGAGAAAAAACUUGGAAAUGGGAAAAUCUUGUGUGAAAAAAAACAACCAGCGAAAUAUGAAGACUUUUACAGUAACUGGGUUGUGCUUGAUUUUUGUUCAUGAAGUAAAGAUAGCUGUUUGAGGGGGAAAUUUCUAUUUUUAGCUCACCUGUCACAAAGUGACAAGGUGAGCUUUUGUGACCGCGCGGUGUCCGUCGUCCGUCCGUGCGUCCGUCCGUAAACUUUUGCUUGUGACCACUCUAGAGGUCACAUUUUUCAUGGGAUCUUUAUGAAAGUUGGUCAGAAUGUUCAUCUUAAUGAUAUCUAGGUCAAGUUCGAAACUGGGUCACGUGCCAUCAAAAACUAGGUCAGUAGGUCUAAAAAUAGAAAAACCUUGUGACCUCUCUAGAGGCCAAAUAUUUCACAAGAUCUUCAUGAAAAUUGGUCAGAAUGUUUACCUUGAUGAUAUCUAGGUCAAGUUCGAAACUGGGUCACGUGGGGUCAAAAACUAGGUCAGUAGGUCUAAAAAUAGAAAAACCUUGUGACCUCUCUAGAGGCCAUAUUUCUCAAUGCAUCUUCAUGAAAAUUGGUCAGAAUGUUUAUCUUGAUGAUAUCUAGGUCAAGUUCGAAACUGGGUCACGUGGGAUUAAAAACUAGGUCAGUAGAUCUAAAAAUAGAAAAACCUUGUGACCUCUCUAGAGGCCAUAUUUUUCAUGAGAUCUUCAUGAAUAUUGGUCAGAAUGUUCAUCUUGAUGAUAUCUAGGUCAAGUUCGAAACUGGGUUAUGUGGGGUCAAAAACUAGGUCAGUAGAUCUAAAAAUAGAAAAACCUUGUGACCUCUCUAGAGGCCAUAUUUCUAAAUGGAUUUUCAUGAAAAUUGGUCAGAAUGUUCACCUUGAUGAUAUCUAGGUCAAGUUCGAAACUGGGUUAUGUGCGGUCAGAAACUAGGUCAGUAGGUCUAAAAAUAGGAAAACCUUGUGACCUCUCUAGAGGCGAUAUUUUUCAAUGGAUCUUCAUGAAAAUUGGUCAGAAUGUUUACCUUGAAGAUAUCUAGGUCAAGGACGAAACUGGGUCACGUGGGGUUAAAAACUAGGUCAGUAGAUCUAAAAAUAGAAAAACCUUGUGACCUCUCUAGAGGCCAUAUUUUUCAUGAGAUCUUCAUGAAUAUUGGUCAGAAUGUUCAUCUUGAUGAUAUCUAAGUCAGAUUCGAAACUGGGUCACGUGGGGUCAAAAACUAGGUCAGUAGGUCUAAAAAUAGAAAAAACCUUGUGACCUCUCUAGAGGCCAUAUUUCUUAAUGGAUCUUCAUGAAGAUUGGUGAGAAUGUUCAGCUUGAUUAUAUCUUGGUCAGGUUCGUAACUGGGUCAUGAUCGGUCAAAAACUAGGUCAGUAGGUCGAAAAAUAGAAAAACCUUGUGACCUCUCUAGAGGCCAUAUUUUUCACGAGAUCUUCAUGAAAAUUGGUCAGAAUGUGCACCUUGAUGAUAUCGUCACCUUAGUGCAAAAAGUGAAUAAGUCCUUCUCUUUAAGUCAAUGCAGUUAUCCACUUUUUGCACUGAGGUGACGAUAUCUAGGUCAAGUUUAAAAGUGGGUCAUGUGCCUUCAAAAACUAGGUCAUUAGGUCAAAUAAUAGAAAAACCUUGUGAGCUCUCUAGAGGCCAUAUUUUUCAAUGGAUCUUCAUGAAAAUUGGUCAGAAUUUUUUAUCUUGAUGAUAUCUAGGUCACAUGUGCUCAAAAACUAGGUCACUAUGUCAAAUAAUAGAAAUAAUGAUGUCAUACUCAGUUGAACACUGGGUCAUGUAGAGAUAGGUGAGCGAUUCAGGACCAUCAUGGUCAUCUUGUUAAUGUUAUGUUUUAUGACAUAUCUUUAGUUAUUCACUCAGCUGUUAUAAGGAAACAAUUUACUUAAAAGUGCAUUGCAACAUAAUAUAUGUGUUAAGUCUCUUUAAGUGGCCAGCCCUCCGUAAAAUAUGAUGAAAAUGUCAUUUUCUGCAACAUUAUUUGAAUAAAAAGGGCAGACUUUGAAGCUUCUCUGAAUAGAAUUCCAUCCGUACCAACAACCAGUGAAAGGUUCUUAUAGCAUGCCAUGUAAAACAUUAACAAAGAGAAACUUGGUAACUGGAAUUAAAAUAACUUUUGUCUCCACAUUUAGAAUAAUACACAAUUUUUUUUACUGUUUUAGUGUAAAUUUUCAUUUGUCAUUUAUAUAUUGAUUAUUCUACUCUAGCAGAUAGCAACUGUUUGAGUAUUUCAGUUAGUAUAUGAACUUAGAAAUACAACAUUCUGCGCAUACAUGUUAAUAUGAUACCAUAUCAUUUAUUUUUCUACAAAUUGUUUGCUAAGUUAAACUUACAUUUUCAGGUAGAUGAUAUUGAAAUGUGAAAUACUAUAGCUGUAACAGUUUUUAAAUAGUUCAAGAUAAUCUGGUAGAAUUUGGAUCAAUCUUUUUAUUUGUUUACUGUAAAUGCCAUUAUUGAUACCCACUCCCUAAAAAAUGCCGCCACCCAUAUUUUAUCCAAAAUACCUUUUUGAAAGAAAAUUCCUGUUUAAUUCAGUAAGUUGCUGUGAAUUCUUACAUGAUUGAAAACGAUCUGGGAGAUUGUCGAGAAGGGACUGUAUUUAACAUACUGUAGGUCUGGUAGGUCUGCCUCAAUUAUCAAUUUUUGUUUCAUAAUAAACAACCCCAUUUUUCAGAAUGUAAUGCCAUUUUGGGGACGUUAGUAAAGAAAUAUGGUAGUAGAUAUGAGUUUAUUUCUCUUGUAAAACCAUUUUUCCUAGGCAUUACAUAAACAACAUUUAGCAAAUUUUAAGGAUACGUGCCUCUUCUUGUCUUUUUGUGUUCUUUUUUUAUGCCCCCAAAGUUGGGCAUUUUGAAAUUGCUCUGUCCAUCCAUGUGUGUAUGUGUGCGUCCAUGUAAAUUCUUGUCCAGGCUGUAACUUCAACAUUAUAGAGGCAUUUGAAAAUAAUUUGACACAAAUGUAAAAAUCAACUUACAUCAUAUAUAAAGUUUUAACUAUGUUUUACAUUCAAGUUUAUCUUGCUAUUGCACUACUGCAUUUGACCAGGUAACAUGAUAUUGUCACGAUCUUUUCUUAUGUAAUAUACUAAAUUUUAUUGAGCUUAAAUUGAUCAAAGGAUGCGUUUACUUUGUGAAUAACUUAUGAUCCCUGUUAUAAUUUUUUUUAUCUUAUAAAAAAUCCAGUCUGUUUUAACAGAACAUUGUUAAAGAGUAUUGUACUGUUGUUGUUACAAGUUGCUUUUGCGAAAAAUAAAAUGGUAUUUUAAAAUUUAA